AUGCUGAUUCUCAUCGUCGGAGUCACUGGCAAUAUCGGCCAAAAACUGAUCGAACCCCUUCGGCAGCGGGGAGCCCAAGUGCGCGGCCUAGCCAGGCACAAGUCGAAGAUGGCUGCCGGGAAAUUGCAACUUCUGGAAAGCUUCCACGAUAUGGAGGCGUGGCACGACGUGCCUGCCAUCAGAAAGGCGCUUCAGGGUGUCGACGCCGUCAUAUGUGCGUAUGGACCCGUGCCGGAACUGGUGCUGGAGGGUCAACUGCUGCUUGUGCGACUGAUGGAGGAACAAGGCAUAUCACGGUUCAUGCCCUCCGCGUGGAACCUUGACUGGACCGCGCUCGACUGGGGGGACAUUGUCUACUAUGACUUGUUCCUCGCCACGCAGCGCCAAUUGGCCAUGUCGUCCACCAUCAAACCGUUCUACAUCUUCAUCGGAUUCUUCGCCGAGACCUUCUUCUCCCUGCCUGAACAUGGGGUCUUCAAUCCUGCCACGCACGGCGUGUGGGAUUCCAACAACGGUGCACCCAAGGCCGAGUAUUGGGGCACUGGAGACGAGAAAUGGCAGAUCACCACGGAACAAGAGGCGGCCGAGUUCACCGCGGCUUUGGUUUGCGACGAGGCUCGCGAGCCGGGUGUGUACCGGUACUGCAGCUGGGAGUACAGCAUCAAGGAGAUUGCAGCCAUCUAUGAGAAGGAGAAGGGUGUCGCUGUUCGGCUCGAACGUCAAGGGACCGCCGAGGACCUGAAGAAGACUGCCGCCGCUAGUCAGCAGGAGUUGGGCUUGUCCAGGUUCUGGCUGUGGAUGGGAUAUACUUACCAGAUACAUCAGAUGUCGCAGAAGACCAUGAUGAGCAAGCUGGACAACAAGCUGUGUCCGGAUGUCAAGUCGAUUGGACUCGGGGAGUUCUUGAGCAUGCAUCCAGAGAUCUGA